AUGUCCAUAGACAUCAAUUGGGAGGCCGCUACCUCUGGCCCAGAUGGCGAGGCCCUUGCGGAGCGCAUCCGCUCCUUCAUUCAUGACAAAUUCCAACAAAUCGCGCUCCCUCGAUUCAUCCGGUCCGUGGAGGUGAACUCCUUCGACUUUGGCACGGUCAGGCCCCAGCUACAGAUUAAGGACCUAUGCGAUCCGUUUGAGGACUUUUACGAAGAGGACGAGGGAGAUGAGGACUUUUCAGACGAUCAGGACGGGGCCCCGAAGCAUCCUCCGACCAUCGCGACCGAGCGGAGCGGAGCGGGCACGUGGCAGGCGGAACAUCCUUCGUUUGUAGCCGGGCGGUUACCGGGUGGGAUUGAAUCUCGCGAUAUACCUGCACCUUCGAAAGAAGACCUUUUGGCGUCGAGACCAAUGCGGUCUCCCAUGUCGUUUGGAGAGUCUUUGAACCCCUAUUUCUUUCCGCGUGCUGGGACGCCGGGGAUACCGGGUGGGACAUCGAACUUGGGUUACUAUAUGCCUCUUGGCGGGAUGUCGGGGACGCAGACUCCUCUUGCUUCAGUGCCGCGUGGCCCUUUCUCGCCUGGCCUACGUGAUUCCUCUGUUUAUGGAGAUAUCCACAACCCCCCGGCUCGUGACUAUCCAAGACCAGUUCAUCGCCAAACUGAUACCGAUAUUGACUCUGGACAUUCCAGGCCUUCCACGGCAGACACUUUGAACUCCAUAAACUCCCAGCGCAUUUCCAAUCCAGCGCUAUCGCAUCCCCACUCGUCAAACGAAUCACAUCCCGACACUAGAGAUCAUAGCCCGCCGCCACGCCGCAUGCAUGAAAAAAAACCCGAUGAUCUCCAAGUCCUCUGCCAAUUGCGAUACAACGGAAACAUCCGCCUAUCCCUCACGGCCCAAGUCCUUCUCGAUUAUCCCAUGCCUAGCUUCGUUGGACUGCCUCUAAAACUGAACAUCACUGGACUGUCAUUUGAUGGUGUCGCUGUGGUCGCUUAUAUUCGAAAACGAGUGCACUUCUGCUUCCUGUCUCCAGAAGAUGCGGAUACGCUCUUGGGAUCGGAGGAAAGCAAUGAGACGGGAUAUAUACCAGGUAUAAAUCCUAUUGGUGGCGGGGCCAGUGGUGGAGCUGCGUCCUCCCGACGUCGAGACGACAGUCUCCUUCGCGACGUCCGGGUAGAAAGCGAAAUCGGUCGAAAAGAGGACGGAAAACCAGUCCUAAAAAAUGUGGGAAAAGUAGAGAAGUUCGUCCUUGAGCAGGUCCGUCGGAUUUUUGAGGAAGAGUUUGUGUACCCUAGCUUUUGGACGUUUCUCGUCUAA